AUGACAGAUGAUGAAAUUGCUUUGAAAUCCAAAAAUAUUAUCCUUGAAAAAAGUAAAGCAAUAAAAGCAAUAGUAAAGAUGAAAGAAAAAAAUGAAUCUACAAUUGUAUCGUUUAUUAUGUUAGAACAGUCAAAAAAAAGAAUUUCUUCAAUCAUCUACAAAGACAAUAAUAGAAAUAAAAAUGCCAAAACAAAAUCGAAAGCGAACACUAAUAAUAAUAACGAAAGUAAUAAUGAUAAUAGCAAUAGUGAUGACAAUCUUAAUUGCUCUGCCGAUAGUUCAGAUGAGUUAGCAGCUCCCACUACUGUUUACGAAUCUAUUCAACGUUCAAAACAAAACGCAUCUGCAAAGAUUAACAGUACAACAACAUUGAGUAGCUCCUAUAGAUACAACAGAACUAUCAAUUGUUUAAGAGAAAUCCUUCCUGAUUUCUCGUCUUCCAAAAUCACCUCGGCAGAUAUAAUCAACCAAUUACACAUUUAUGAAAGUUGCUCGUAA